ACUCUUAUAUAUUUUAUACUGUUUUCAUAUUUUGAAAAAUCUCAAAACAUCUAUAAAAUAAGUAAGGUAAAGGUUUGAUUAUGACCAUUUUAGAUGAGAAAACUAAGAAAAGGUAAAGGAACUCUCUGAGAUCCAUGAUCAUGUCGUGCUGGCUUAGUGACUGCAACAGAAGAGCUUGUGGCCGUAGCCCAAGCUGUAUUGAUCUGUCUCUAUAUCUGUCCGUAAGACUGCGGUUUACCUCAUCAAACAUGCUUUUUCUUCAGAUGUGAUGCAGUGUUGAGAUUGGAAUCUGAUAGAGGUUUCUGCACAGAUGUGUGAUUUAUUGUGUCAAAAUUAUAUUAUCUGCUACAAUUUUUUUCCCCUCAAGCAAUAUAUAGUACCUUGGAAGAAAAAAAUAUAUAUUCUAUCUCUUCAGUACCAGACCCAAUUAAGAGAGAGAAAGAGAUAUUUUACAUGUUCUGUUGCUUUAGUAGUAUUAUCAUUUAUCUACUCAGGUAAUUAAAAAUUACCUCAAAAUGAUAACCAAAUGAAUGAGGUAUUUAUUUGGGAUCAAGAGUAAGAUGUUCUGCAUAUAAUGGAUAUUUCCUGAAUACUUUUAAUAUUGACAGAUAAUUGGAGGGUUCCAUGAGGUGUUGGCAGGAGUUUAGUCCCUUGGGUCUCUGGAGGAAUGGAUGGCUGGGCCGUGGCAGAGUGUGUCUUUCACAUCAUUGGGGUCAGAGACACUUCAAGCAGUGGUUAAGGAUGAAAACUUUUAAGCCUCAUUUCCUAGGAUUAAAGUCAGCUCUGCCUCUUUCCACAUAUGACAAUUUUUCUUAAGCCACAUAUGUCUUAGUUUCCUUUUUUAUGAGUUUGGAGAUGAUAAUAAUAGUGCCCACUCCAUACUGUUGUUGUUGGGGCUAGAUGAACACAUGUAAAAGCAGAGAAGGAGGACGGGCUUACAGUAAGUGCUCCCUUAAUGUCAGCUGGUGGUGUCGUCAGUACUGAUCUUUCUGUUCAGGGGCGGUAGCGAUGGAAGGAGCCAAUGACAGCUCCCCAAACCAUUUCAUCCUUGUGGGGUUCUCUGACCACCCCCGUCUGGAGAGGACCCUCUUCGUGGCCCUCCUGAUAGCCUACCUCCUCACGCUGCUGGGAAACUCCAGCAUCAUCCUGGUGUGCCGGCGGGACCGCCAGCUGCACACCCCCAUGUACUUCUUCCUCACCCACCUCUCCUUCCUGGACCUCUGCUUCACCACCAGCUCCAUCCCCCAGCUGCUCCACAACCUCAGUGGACGUGACAAGACCAUCAGCUACUCGGGCUGUGCCACCCAGCUCUUCCUGUUCCUGGGGCUGGGCGGUGUGGAGUGCCUGCUCCUGGCCGUCAUGGCCUACGACCGGCUGGUUGCGGUCUGCAGGCCGCUGCACUACAUGGCGACCAUGAACCCCAGGCUCUGCCGGGGCUUGGUGUCGGUGGCCUGGGGCUGUGGGAUGGCCAACUCCUUGGCCAUGUCUCCAGUGACCCUGCGCUUGCCCCGCUGUGGGCACCGCAAGGUGGACCACUUCCUGUGUGAGAUGCCAGCCCUCAUCCGGACGGCUUGUGUCAACACUGUAGCCGUCGAAGUCACCGUCUUUGUCCUGGCGGUGGGCAUUGUGCUGUCCCCCUUGGUGUUCAUCCUGGUCUCUUAUGGCUAUAUCGUGAGGGCCGUGCUACAGAUUCCAUCGGCAUCAGGGAGGCAAAAGGCCUUCAACACCUGUGGCUCCCAUCUCGCCGUGGUCUCGCUUUUCUACGGGAACAUCAUCUACAUGUACAUGCAACCGGGAGCCAGCUCCUCCCAGGACCAGGGCAAGUUUCUCACCCUCUUUUACAACAUGGUCACCCCUCUGCUGAACCCCCUGAUCUACACCCUCAGAAACAAAGAGGUGAAGGGGGCACUGAGAAGGCUGCUGCCGGGGACAGCAAGGUAGGGAAGGAGCAGGGCAUCUCCGGGGCCUCCCCCCCGGCCCUGGCCUCGACCCCACCAGGCCAUGGUGGCCGCUGGGGCUCUGGGGCGGAGCUGGCCUUGGCCUGCGGCUCGGCUGACUCGGCUUCUCCUGGACUCUGCAGCUGUUUUAGCUCCAGCGUCACACGUUUUAUGAGCGAACUGAGCAACACAUUCCAUCCAAACCCCCUCUCGUCGAUCUAUAAAGCGGGUCCCAGAACCACGGGGUAAAUAGUCAUAGAAAUGAAUUUCCUCCAGCUUUUACCAGAGUGCCAAGUAGGAAACAAAUCUUCAUCAGAGUUUUGCUUAUGUCAUUGUUUUGAUGUCAUUAACUUCAUUCUAGCUAUUCUAGUCAGAAUGGCUCUAAAUCUGUCCCUGUUCUCCAUACGGACUAAGUGCCCCUCCUCGUGGAGCGGAGGGUGGGCAACUCCUUGGCCAUGUCUGCAGUGACCUGGCAAUGGCCCCGCUGUGGGCACCGCAAGGUGGACCACUUCCUGUGUGAGAUGCCAGCCCUGAUCUGGAUAGCCUGUGUCGAUGCUGGAUUACGUCAGCAUCGAACACUGGAACUCAGCACGGUCGGAUGUUUCCGAUUUCCCAAGUUCCCACGCAGAACUUUUCAUCCCAUCAUACAGUUUUUUCUACCGUCAUCCUCAACCUUUGGCAUUUCCCCCAAACACUGGUGUAAGAUUCUGGAUAAACCAAAAGUUAACCGAUAAAUAAUGAUACACAGUCAUUUAAAUCUUAAAGCAUCAGUAUUUCUCAGGGAUGUUUUCAUUCUAUUAGCAAGAAGAACAUGAUGUGUGUUAAGUUCCUGCUCUGUGCUGCGUGCUGGGAAUUCGGCUAAUCUUCCCGGCGUUUGUCUGAGGCUGGCAUGAUGAUCCUUAUCCCUAUUUUACCUUUUGCUCUUUGAUGCAGAAGCGUCCAAUCAUUUGCUCAAGGAAAACUGAACCAGAGAUUUACUCCAAGUCCCGAUGACUCCCAAUUCCUGCUGUUUCUGUUGCAUCAGGAACUUUUAAAGAGCAAAAUCCCUUCAGCAUUUGGAAAGCAGUGUUUCACAAUGUUCCUCAAAGUUGGAUCAUAGAAACAAACAACACAGCACCCAAGAAAACUAGCCUUGCUCCUUAAAACUGUACGUAGUUAUUGCUGAUAAAAUCUACAGUGACUUGCUUAGGUGGCUAGAAACUUAACUGUCUCUUAUGGCAUUCCAUAGAAGAAUUCUAUUAAAAUUGACAUUGACUUCUCAAUAAUCAUUUCUUCAAACAAGCCAACUCAAUUUCGGGGGAAAAAAAGAUCACCUUCACUCAGGGCUCAUGUGGUGUCGUUCUUACUUUGAGUUUUAACAAACAGGGUUAGUGAAGUUGCAUGCCUGUGGCUCAAAGGAAAGAAUGGAGAGAGUAAAAUGAUUCGAUUAGAAAAUAAAACAACAAAAAUACAAAGUACUUGGAUUCCUGAUGGUGAAGUAAUUUCAUUGUCUCUAAAUAUAAAUGCAUCAUUGAGUAUUUACUAUCAUAUAUGUUUCAUAUACAUAUUAUAUAUAUGUGUGUGUAUAUAUAUAUGAUGUAGGUUGCAGAGUCAGCCAUUCUACCCCAGUGGUGCCUGUGUUAAUGUGUUAAUUAGAGGAAUGUGGAUGUAACCUAGGUAGGAUACGGGAAUUUCACAACGGUGAAUUAAUUAUUAUAAUUGCUGUAGCCUUACUAAUCUUCUAGUGCAAUGUUCUCCCUCCAAAAUGUACCAUUACAGGACCGUCAAGACUUUAGGCAGUCAGUAAGAAUUCUGGAAUUUUGGAUUACUUCUAAUUGGCUACUCAUGCUGUUCACCACCAAAUACUUGGUGCAUGAUUGUCUAGAAAGCCGAGACCCCAGGAAGCGAGAGUUGGUUCUCGCCACCACUCCUGAGGGCAAGCCCAUGUAUGAGUAAGUGGACACAGUCACAGCGGGUUGUGUUAGUACUGAUAUUUUAUUCUGCUUGAUGAUGUUCAAAUGAUUUUUACAAAUGAUAUUUCAUAUACUACCCCAUAAUUUGGUGAAUUGUUUUACCUUUCAGCUGUUUUAUAUGUAACAUUUUUAAACACGUGUACAGAUGUGACUGACAAUAUAUAAACUGCUCAGGCUGUGUUUUUACCUGAAGAGUCAGGUUAUUCGGUUAAAAUAUCUAGUAGGAUCAGAAUGUGAAGGGCUCAAAGUUCAACCAGUUUUAUCUCAAUUAUUUACCUUUUACGUAUUUUUUAUAAUAAGAGCUAUUAAAAACUAUCAUUCAUUUAUGCUUAAAUAUACUUGGUAGUAAAAUAUCCAUUUUCCUUAAUAUAUAUAUUUUCAAUGUAAAUAUCUUAAAUCAUUAUACAGUAUUUAUUUUGAAAAAGUCAUCAUUCUUACCCUGAAGGUUUUUUAAUAAUAGUAUCACUAAUUUGAAUCCUUAGCGACAAAUAAAUCAAUCUCUUCCACUGUCCAUGUUAUAGCAUAGUCAAUGAUUAUAUAUUCAGGAUAUAGUUGCUUAUAAUUCAAAAGUUACCUGAGCCCUGUUUUCUCCUCUUGCUAUUAAAGAAUCUCUGAUGGUUGUAUGCCAUCAGUCAUGUGUGGCAAGUACAUAAAAGCGGUGUUUAAUAAGCAUUGCUCAAUUUCACUGAUAUUUAUUCGGAGUUAAAGAUGUGAUAACUUCGCUUGUGGCUGAGCUUUCAGCUGUGUUACAAAAGCAAGACGAGCGCCGGUGACUGAGGUAACUACCCACCAAAGCAGCGCGAUGUCCUGGUAAUCAUCACGCCUAAAAUACAAUUAUUUGUUUUGGUGUAAGAUAAAUCCUAUUUUUCCAGAAAUACUAGAGAUUAAUUGUUACCUUUUGCGUUUUCCUCACGGUAUUAUCAAGAAUCUGUUUCUGUGACAGGAAGUGUUGCAGGGCACAGCACCCAGGGUGAUCCCAGGGCGGCCCCUCUUCCCUCGCAGUCAGGACCAGACGUGCCCAAUGGGCUGAGGGGCCUGGACAGCCCGCGCAGCCCUCUGCCUCAGGGACCCAGGCCGCGGUGGCGUCCUGCCGGCACUGUCCCCAGAGAAAACGCCCCUCGCUUGUCCCUCGGCUCCCUGCGGUGCGGCGCGGCACAGUCAUUGCAUUGUCCUUGAACAAUCAAGCAAGUCUGCUCCCCCAGAAACAAGCAAGCAAAGCAGCGGCCGUCACAUAAUCCCAGCACAGACGCCUCCGUCUUGAGAAGUCGACAGUCGCAGGAUGGCGUCGAGUGCAGAGUCUAAUAAUCCUCACUGUGGAUCUAGAACAAGCCUGGUUUUUCCCGACUUCUGGAUUUUUAGUGACCUCACGUGUGUUUAUUAAAUUUUAUUUUCUUUGGUUCUUCAUCCAUAAAAUUGGGUGAUAGCAGUAUGCAUGUUAUAAGGUUUUGUGACUAUAAAUUGAUUACUGCAAAUUUCUUGGCACAGUGCCAGGUACAUAGCCGAUAUAAGCUUCAUCAGAGGGAGUUGACUUUGAAUUUUAUAAAUAAGUAUAAUUAGGAUUAUGAAUUGGUGCACAAUGUAUAGUUUUAUUUUACAUCCUGGUGUUAUCAAGCACACAAAUUAGAGACUUUCAAAAGUGUAAGUAUCGACUUUCAAAACAUGAUUUCUUUUUUAUUUAAAAAUUUUAAAGUUGCAUAUAAUUUUGGUAUAUAACAUGAUGUUUUGAUAAAU